UGACACCUAGUGGCAGCAAAACUCUGUGGUAACUAUUCUCUUGUCGGAACUUGAGAGUACAUGCUAGUGGAAAAUCGGAAUUAUUAAGAGGACGGACCACCCAACGGAAGCUUAAUCCAAGCUAAACAGUUAGCAUUAGCUGUGUUUACACACUAUGGUAUCCCACAGACAGGCGCGGGUGUGGAGGUACGUAGAAGAAGGCAGUCUUCUGAAGCUGAAGUCGUACCUGCGGAAGCAUCCAGACCUGGACGUGAAUUUUACUCAGGGUAAGAGGCAGAGGAGCCCCUUACAGCUGGCCUGCUCCCUGGAAGACGACGCUGUCCUGCGGCUUCUGCUGAAACACGGAGCCGAUGUUCUCCAGAAAGACCGCAAAGGAGACACGGCGCUGCACGUCGCUGCUAACAGGGCCCUGAAACACGGGAAAACCGUUUACGACGACCUGGUUGUUCCCCUUAAAAAGAGCUGUCCCGAAGCCCUGACUGUUCCAAACAGAGCAGGAGUCACACCACAGGAUCUGCUGAACUGGAUGAAACAGACAGAGGCGCCUAAGGUGAGCCACCAGCCUGCCGCUGAUCCUGAGAAGGCGUGGAUUGAGAAGCUGUUUGGUGAAUGCGAGGAUGAAUUUUGCGACACAUUCGGAGUGUAUGACGCCGAUGAUUUUCUUCCCGUCGACGAAGACGACCAGGAUUUUGGGGACUGGGCCGAUCGGAUCAGGAGGGAGUAUUUUAGUAAAAAACAUGCGGAAGCUCAAAGACUGGCAGCAGCGGCGUCCGCUGGACAGAAAAAGCAGAAGGGCAGGCAACAGAAGGAACGGGAAGCAGAAAGUUAUAAGGAGCUGCAUGAAAGGCUGCAAAGGGAACACCAGGAGUAUCUGUCUCGGGCGGCGCGCAAAGAGGAGGAGACUCGGCUGGGGAAGAAGCGUCGCUACGAUGAGAAGUGCGCUGCCACCUUUAGUGGCGCCUCCUCGUCCACCAGCACAAAGCUGAGCUACAGCGACAUCCCCUGGCCAUCUCCCAAAGGCUCGGUCCAGGAGAUGGUGGAGGUGAUGCUGCACGGCGUGGACCGAAAGGACACCGGGGUGCUCCGUAAAGCGAUCCGGAAGCAGCAGGCGCUGUGGCACCCGGACAAAUUUGCUCAGCGGUGUGAAGCUCGACUAGAAGAGGGGGACAAACGGCGGAUCCUGGAUACGGUCACGGCCCUCUCGCAAGAGCUCAACGGACUGGCUCAGAGCCUGAGGACUUGAAGUCAAGACAAAUAAGAUGUCUUUUUGUCCAUCAGUUGCCUGGAUAUUGUAAACAUUGAAAGCACUCACAGGUGACAGUCAUACAUUUUGUAGGCUCUAAAUGGAAGCAAAAAGACAAGACUUGGCAUAUGUGGGUCAUUAAAGAAUUCUAAAAUAGGCUUAUCAUGAUGCUGAAUAUCAGACUGUUGCAUCAACAGAUAAGAUUUUAUUUGGAUGGCUUCGUCAAUAAAUUGAUGCAAUACUGCUGAUCUCAUGUCGAAAGAUGCCAAAACAACUCGGAAAUAAAAACACGUGAAUGUUAAUUAUUCAGAAUAUUUGUUUUAGCCUUAAAUGAGCGUGGUGUGUUAUUAAAUCUGCAGUAACAUUUCAGUUUCACCAGCUGUAAUGUUUUUGUUGUGUCGUGUCUCAUCCAAAACGUGGUUUUCAUUAAUUUCAACAUCCAAUGGUAAUUCAUCUUAAACUGAAUUUUAUGCUA